CCUCACAACUGUCAAUGUCAUUCAUGUGUCAGCUCAGUCCUCAGUCAGCUGUCAAUGUCAGUUGUCCUUGUCCUACAUUGUCUCUUGAACCGCUGUUUCUUUUUUAUUAUUUAUACGAUUAUUUCUCUUAUCUUGUGAUUAUCAUUCCGUUUGGGAAGAAAGUACCCUCUUUUCAAUAGAAUUCAAUACUAUAUAUUUCAAAUACGCAUAGAUAAAUCAGAACGUAACACGAAAGUCCAGGAACUUAUUUCAACUUGUAACAGAGGGUUUCUGUGAAAUAUGUCUGUCGAGCGGAGGUAACACAAAAACUUGUCAACUAUGUCAGUGGAUGUAUCAAUAGUAAAAGAAGAACCCGGGGAGGAAAGCAGAAGCAAGGAAGCUAUAGAUGAAGAUUUGUAUGAAGACCAUGUUGUCAAAAAGGAAGUUGUUGUGGGUCCGGAGGUUUUUCGGAGGCCUGAUGUGACAUUGGCACGGAAAGAUAAAGAGAAUGUCAAAAAAUGUGACGAAAUAAACCAAAAUGAAUGGGACAUACACACCAAAAUAAAGGUAGAAAAAAAGGAAGAAAUAACAGAGAAUAAUCAAGGUAACUCAGUAAUCUUUGAUAAUGAUUCCAAAAAGUUAAAAGAAAUCGAAAGUAAGGAUGCAAUAAAAUCUAAAAAGUACACAAUGUCAGAACAAGAAAAACAUUUUACUUGCAAUAAGUGUAAAUCUAUGUUUUCUACCAAACUGCUACUUUUAAGGCACAGGAAAUCCAAACACGGAUACGCAUAUUUCAAAUGUAGAAAAUGUAAAUACGUCGCUGGCCGUAAAGCACAUUAUCAAAACCAUUUACUUACACACACUAAAAAAAAGCCCUUUAAUUGUCACUACUGUGACUAUAAGUGUAGCCGAAAAGAUGCUUUGACGGUACAUGAAAAGAUACACAAUGAAAAGAGAGAGAAACAAUAUCAAUGCACACAAUGCAAGUUCAAAACUGAUAGUAAAGCAAGCAUAGCCCGUCACGAGAUGAUACACAGCGGGGACAAACCAUAUAAGUGCCGCCACUGUUCGUUCGCUACCAGAGGCAAGAAGGACUUGAAAAGACACGAAGAAAUACAUGAUAGGCCUGAAAACGCAUACCAAUGUGAUAUAUGCGGUCAUUCAUGUCCGCGAAAAUGUGACUUAGGACGGCACAAAAGGUCACAUGCUCCUAGACCUUUCAAUUGCACGGAAUGUGCUUUUAAGUGCAGCCGUAAAAAUAUAUGGUUGCGCCAUCAGCAAAUGCAUAGCGAAACAACAUUCCAAUGCAACGAAUGCGACUUCAUAUGCAGCAUGAAAAAAAGGUUUCUUUUGCAUUUAAUAGGACACCGUAGUGACAAACCAUAUAAAUGCGAUCAAUGUAAAAAAGAAUACAAAUUUAGCAGCCACUUAAGAGUACAUAAAAUGUCGCACACUGGUGAAAAGCCUUUCAAAUGUAGCCAGUGUAGCUACAGUUGCAGCCUUCACCAUAAUUUGCUGAAACACAAAAUGAGACACGGUGGCCCCAAACCAUAUAGUUGCGAAGAAUGCGGAUUCAAAUGUCGUUUACGAAGUGGUCUGAAACGUCACGCAAUGAUUCAUACCGACGAGAGGCCGUUCAAGUGCAAGUCCUGUGAUUACACGUGUAGGGAUAUCCAGUCUUUACGGAUACACGAGAGAAUACACAAUAAUGAAAAACCAUACAUAUGCGAUAUUUGUGAUUAUUCGUGUCGUUGUAGAAGUAAUUUAACCAAACAUUUCAAGACUUGGCACUAGAAGUCAGUAUACACAGUUAUGUACUAUUGGACAAAUAGAAAACAUGUACUUUGAUGAAACACUUAUAUAUAAUCAUGAAGCAUAAAUAUAUGUAAAAUAGGUAAGGUGCAUUAGGAUAAUUCCGAAAGUCGUCUAAUUUCGAAAGUCGCAUAAAAAUCACAAUUUUUUCCAUCAUAUCAAGAUUCCCCUUUCGGAAUUACCCGAGCAUUUCUGCUAUUCGGAAUUACCCUAAUGCACUCUAAUAAACUUGAGCUUAUGUAAAUAGUACAGUAUUGAUGGUUCAUGAUAAUGUUGCUAUUUAUUAAUGACAAGUAGUAAUUUUUGUUUGUUAUAUAACUAUGAGAUAAAUAAAAGAUUUAUAUUUUUUGAAA